UCCAAUUCCAAACGCAAGAAACGAUAGCACCAAAACUUCGAUUUGCGAAAAAAAAAAAAAAAAAGGAAAAAGCUCGGUGCGCAUAUUUACACACUCUGUUGAUCCAAUCGAACUUUCCCGCUCUCUCGGCGCAUCGUAAAAUGAAUUUUCCGUUCGUUUCUCGCGAAAAUUCUCUUAUUUGUUUGAUGGAAGGAACGGAGAUUACCUUAAUCCGCUUCAAGUAAUCGAAAUCCGCAAAGAAAUGUUCUUGAGCAACUUUAUUAAACGGAGACUCUCGUCUCUGCUCCGUCCAUGGCUGGAACAAGAUAUCGAGCUAGACCUCCAGUUAGGAUUCAUCAAUUCCAUCGCAAUCGCCAAAAAUCUCCGUCUUGACACGUCAGCUCUCAACCACCAGCUCAUCGACGGUUCAUCUUCUUCGCGGUUCUUUUUCAAAGAAUUCGUUAUCGAAGAGUUCGUUUUUCGAUUCUCUAAUUGGUCGUCUUCUGCCUUCACUUUCGAAGCUCGUGGAGUCAAGGUUAUUCUGUCGUAUGAGGAAAUUAAAGAGGAAGGUAACGGAAAGGCACGGAAGUUGAGUAAUGCGGCGUUGAAGAGUUUGAAGAAGGAUUUGUCCAUGAUGGAUCCGGAGGGUAGUGCUCUACAUGAUAUUCUGGAAGCCAUCUUGACUACCACUUGUUGGAGUAAUCGGGUUAAUUCUUCCUUUUUUAAUCUCAUUCUCCAACAUUGCCGUCUACAGAUACUUAGCAUUAAUUUGCAAGUACAAUUCACCAUGUUAAAUGAUUCCUUUGCAUAUCUGUUGGAUUUAGAGGAGCUUAAUGCAGAAUCUCUACAUUUUGUUCAUGGUUGUCUUUGCAGAGGGCUUGUUAAUGUGUUCUUUAUACCUCUGAAGGAGGGAUCUUUCGUUAUCAGUGGUAGUUGCUUUAAGAUGGGGUAUAAGAAAAGCAAUCAAAUUAACGAUGUUUGUUCCUCCAGUGCACUGGCUACCUGCAUCAAAUUAAACAAUCUCAAACUUGUAGAGUUCAAUCUUCGUGUUCCAGAAUUAAGUUUCUUAUUUUCUCCUGUUGAUUUUCCUGUUUUCAUUGCACUUAGUAAUUUGUCCUCUAAAGAAUCCAAGCGGGUGAGAAAUGGUCGGCAUCUAUGGAGACUAGCAGCAAUUAAAAUAGGCCAUGUGAUUUCAGCUCCCAAAUUAUCAUGGUACAAACUAGUUGGUUUUACUAGUUUUUGGCUAAAUUAUGUGAAUCGUUAUGAGUAUUUGUUGUCUCUAAUGCAAUAUUCUCCUGAUCACUUGUUGGAAAGAUCUGAUAUUAAGCUGCCAAGAGACAAGGUAAUUUUGACUUCUGCCAAGCACUAUUGGGAGGUGAUUCUUGACAUUGAGAAAGAGCUGCCUGCUGAAGCUAUUGCACAGGCUCGGAGAAUAGCUCGGUAUAAAGCUUUGUCAAGCGGUCAACAUUCUGAAGAUAAUUACAGAGAACUCUUUGUUAAUGCCUGUUUCAAAACCUUUGUUCGAAAACUUAUGCAAAGAAUCCAGUCAACAGCACACCUUUUCUUUGGGAGGAAAUCUUCAACUCAAGAUGAACAUUUUGUUGGACACCUGGGAAAUGUUUCUGAGAGUUCAUAUUCAUGCUUCCGCUUCAUUUUAAGUCUCGGAAAAAUUUACAUCACCCUUUCCUCAAUGAGUGCAUUUCAGCCUGUUAAUGAAAAAGUGGAAUCACAUAUUGGGACCUCACAUUCAGAUGUUUUUUCAUUCCGUUUCUCUGUUAAAGUGUUUUUCCUAAUGUACAUAGAAGACAUCUUUGAACAGACGUUAUCUUUUUCCUGUGGAAAAGUGAAAGUCAAGUAUUUCAUCAGUUCUGUUGGAGAAGAAAAGGAGAGAGUUAAGAAUUUGAAAAUUAUUCUGCAUGUUGAGCCCGCAAAAAUCUUUCUCCUCUCAGAUAGUAAUAAAACCAGUGCAGUCAGUCAUGCUGGAGGUGGUUGUGACCCAUGCCUAGAAAAUUUUAUUGGAAAAAUGUGCUUGAAUUGGAGAAGAGCUUGUAAGCAAUUUGAAGAAAGUGACAUCAAGUGUCCUCAAAGUCCACGCCUUAUUUUUGAGGUGAAAAGCUUUCUGAGAAAUCCAGAUCUAAAAAAACUGGGUUCUGGGCUUUGGAAAUGUAAUUUGACAGUGGGAAAGUUCAACAUACAUUUGGGAUAUUUAUCAAUGCUAUCAGUUGUUAAGCUUCUUAGGCAGAUACAAUAUACUUUACACUGGACUCAGGGAAAUGGGAGGGCCAGGGAUCUUUCAUUGUCUUCUCAAAAUACUGAGCACCAACCAGAGGUUAGUUGGGAAAGAAGUUUUGAGUGCUAUUCUAGUAAAAUAAAGAUGUUCUUUCUUAGAAUGCUUCCUGGGAAAGACAUUCAAAUGGGAGUGCUCAUAGCUGGCCCUCAGAUCCUAUUCUCAUCAAGGAAGACUGGAACAAGGAAUGUAAACGAAGGUGUGAACAGCCAUGUAGUUAGUGGGGAUGGUUUUCACCUCGGAUUUGAUAUCCAUGAUAUUGAAGUUGUUGUUUGGCCAACUUCAGAGUCUGGUUUGGCACCAAUACAUGCCUGCAGAGAACAGGAUGCCGAAGAUCCUGAGUGCCUCAGGUUGCCGGAGCCUAAGAUACUUGAUAUUCCAAAACUGGGAACUAAAAAGUAUACAUCUAAAGAUGAGAAUUCUCUUCGAUUCUAUCUGAGACUUAAUGGUUUGCAGGCUUACUUUGAGGACAUGGUAGAAAGACAGAAAAAUCAAAUAUUUGUAUUGGAUCCCAUAACAUUUCAAUUUUCAUCCUUCAGGGAGUGUGUUCAUUCAUUUAGCACAACCUCUAUUGCUUUUUCAACAGCUUUUUAUGGGCUGGCCAUUGGAUGUACUCUAUUAUUGUUUAUGGAUGAGUUGUAUGCUCGCAUUCAGGUUCUUACUGGUUUAUUUUCUGAUUUAUCACAUCCUUUUCACAAUUUUGGCUCUCCUGGUAAUGAAUCCUUCCAAAUGUUUAAGAGACAAGAUAUGGUUUUUGGGGUUACUGAAGCUGAAGAGCUUUCAAUGGCAACACCCUUCAUAUGUAAUAACACACUGUUUUUAAUUAAUGGCAUCUUUAAACUCAAGUCAGUGGAUAUCUUUCUCUGUAAUUCUAGGAAAAGCAAUAAAGCAAGGAGUUCUAAGAUGGUUUUUGAUGCUGCUAGUAGCACAAAUUCAACUGCAGAUAACUUGUCUGAUUGCAGUAUUUGGUUUUCAUUCCAUCGAAUGUGUUUUGACGUAUUAUAUGAGGAAAGGAAAUUGGAAUUACUCAUUGAUUUAUCACAAAUUCAAUCUGUGAUCAUCAGAUACCAGGGGUACAUAAGAAAAAGUUUUAAUCGCUCUGAAUUUAGAGAGUUUAUGCUUAGUUCACACAAUUGCUUAUAUGAGGCAUCUCUUUCUCGUUGCAUAUUUACUUUGUCAUUGAGUCUGCCUCAGAAUUCAUCAUCUUCAACUAUUGUGAAUGAGAUGCUAGAUGUUUCUUCUUCUGACGCUAAUGCAUCAUAUGCGGUGGAAGAUAGAUCUUUUAGCAGUGAACCAAAGCCAAGUGUCCAGUCUCCUGAUUUUCUUCAAAAGUUGGGCUUUACUUUGAAUAUCCAAGUGCCAGCCUCUAGCCAUGGGAUAUUCAUAAAUGUGGUAGUGACUGAGGUUUUCGUGACAAGGUGUUCAGUGAAAAAUAUUGUGAUUGGUGCACAAAAAUUGAAUAAGCUUCUGUCAUCACUUCAUAUUGAGGCAAAAUUGCAGACAAUUGUUUGGGGGAUCCAGGGAGGUUUUCUUUGCCUUGAAACAAAAGCUUUGGCAAUGUUGGUCCAGUGCUCUGCUUCCUAUGUACAUCACAUUAAAAAUGUAUUAUCUAUUGUGCAAUCGACUUCCAAGAACGUGCAAAGAGCUGAACAUGAUGGUGAUCAUUUUGUUGGUGGGCAUGAGAUACUCCUUGCAUCUCAGCAAGUCAAACGGGAACUGCCAGAAGCUUUCAACUUAGAUGUCUCUCAAUUUUCUCUUGUUCUUGUUGUCGAAAGUGAAUCAAGUCAUAUUCAGGAGUUUGUAUUGGAGCUUGAUCUUAUUCUGAACCUUGAUUUGAAAAAUAUGCAAAGGAAGUUUAUUUUUAAGCUUUCUCGGUUAUCAAUCUUUUCCCAGGUCAUUCAACAAAGUGCAGAAGAUGAAAUCCAAAUUCUUCAUUUCUCUUCUGCCGAAUCAAAUGAAUUAUCAUCUCAUUUUUUAGCUGGAGAAUCUUCUGUAGCAUUUCAGCAUGAAGAUGGUUGCUCAAGAGCUCCUGUUUCUGAGGGGAUAUUUUGCUUGCGUCAUCAGAACUAUAUCUUGAAACAUCUAACUUCUUCUUUAUCAGUUGAGAAGGCCGAAGUUAGUCCUUUGGACCCAGAACAGGUUUGGGUAGGCAGUGGUUCUGUUUCAGGUUUUGAUAUGUCAAUUUCGUUGUCAGAACUACAGAUGAUUCUCUCCAUGGUCUCAUCCUUCUCUGGGUUAUCUGUCAAAGGCUCGAUUGGUGAAGCUGUGCAAAGGAACUGGUCUUAUAGCCAACAAGAUGACAAUAAUUUUGAGGCGAGGGUUCCUGAUGGGGCAAUUGUUGCUAUUCAAGAUGUGCACCAACAUAUGUACUUCAUGGUUGAAGGUGCAGAAAAUAAGUAUGCUAUAGGAGGUGCAGUUCAUUAUUCCCUUGUCAGAGAAAGGGCUCUUUUUAGGGUCAAGUACCACAAACAAAGGAAAUGGAACUCAUCAAUUUUGUGGUUCUCCUUAAUAUCAAUGCAUGCUAAGAGCAACUCAGGGGAGCCAUUGCGAUUAAACUCUUAUCCGGGAUCAGGUUUUGUUGAGCUCUCCAGCACCACUGAUAAUGCUUGGGCACUUUGGAGAGUUCUUUCUUAUGAACCAGAGAGUUAUGAGGGUGACAUUGACUGGGAGCCGUACAAUCAAGUUCUUAGAAAUAAUUGGCACCUGGUGAACAAGAAGAAUGACUGUGCUGUUGCUUUCAGUGAUAGGGUUCCAGUGUUUGUCAGGAGGCCUGGAAAUCCAUUCAAGUUCAAAGUGUUAAGUGAUAUGUCAGUUUCUCAAGAUGUUGUGACAUAUAGUAUGUACCCUAUUGAGUCUUCUGGAACCAAGAUGGGUCAUAGUGCACAUGAAGAUGGAGAGGGAAGUUAUUGGCAAAGUGGAAAUCUUUCUUGCAUUGGUAUUACUAUUGACAAAGUUGCUUUGACCAUUGUCCAUGAACUUUCAGAUACAAAUGACAGGUUUCCUCUCCUUCAUGCUUGCAUUGAUGAUACUCAACUUACUUUACAAAUUCUCUCCACUAAAGCUAGAGUUAUAAGCACCUCAAAGGCUUUGCUUCAAUACUUUGAUGCUCAGACAAACUUCUGGAGAGAUUUUCUUCACCCUGUUGAAAUAUGUAUUUUCUAUCGUUCUAGUUUCCAAAACCCACACGGUGUGCCUGUCCAUGUCUAUUGUAGGACCAAAGAGUUGGAGAUAUCUCUAACUGAGCUUUCCUUGGACAUACUACUUUUUGUGAUUGGGAAAUUAAAUUUGGCUGGUCCAUUUUCAGUGAGAAGCUCCGUGAUUCUAGCCAACUGCUGCAAGGUGGAAAACCAAACAAGUUUGAACCUUCUUUGUCACUUCUAUGGUAAACAAAGUGUGACAGUGGGCAGGAAACAGUCUGCUUCCUUUUUUCUAAGGCUCUCAGCUUUUGCAAAUCAACCACCGGAAACCGUAGCAGUUGUUUCAAUCCAGCUUUCCAUUCCUGGUUCAUUUACAACUUCACCAGUUCACCUUUCUCUCUUAGGAGCUCAAGCACUUGCUUGGAGAACACGUAUAGUGUCACUUCAAGAUUCAAAAUCUUACCCUGGGCCAUUUGUAGUGGUUGACAUUUCAAGGAAAUCAGAGGAUGGUUUGUCAGUAGCAGUUUCGCCUUUAAUCAGAAUACGCAAUGAAACUAAAUUCUCUAUUGAGCUACGUAUUAGACGAGAAAAAAUGGAAGAUGAGUUUGAAGAUGAGUUUGUAUCCGUGUCAUUGAAGGCCGGUGAUACAAUUGAUGACUCAAUGGCAUCAUUUGACGCUAUAAAUUUGUCUGGUGGAUAUAAAAAAGCAUUGAUGUCAUUAAAUGUUGUGUGUAUUAUCAUCUUGGAAGGAUUCGGAUUUGGUAACUUCUUAUUUUCUUUUAGACCUGAAAUGUCAAAUGACUUGAUACAAUCUGAUAUCCCACUCUCAGUUCAGUGGUCAGAUGAGAUUAAAGGUGGAAAGGCAAUUCGUCUUUCUGGAAUUUUUGAUAAAUUAAGCUAUGAAGUGCGAAAGGCUUUAUCUGUUGGAUCAGUGAAAUGUUCCUUUAGCACAACAUACUGCAAGGUCAAAUCUGCAGCUGCACAUGUUUCUGACAUGCACUUUUUAAUUCAAAGCAUUGGAAGAGAAGUGCCUAUCAUAAAACCUGAUAAGUCUAUGGAUGGGCUUGAAAACAGAAAUGCACCAAUUUCACUACAAGAGCAGAAAGAAAUUUUUAUUCUCCCCACUGUUCGUGUGUCCAAUCUUCUGCACUCGGAAAUACACGUGCUUUUGACUGAGACAAAUUUAUUUGCCCCUAGUGGCUAUGAAAACAUUGGGAAGGAGGCAACUCUACCUUGCAGAUCAACUGUCGAUUUUUAUGCAAAUCCUGCUGUAAUGUACUUUUUUGUUACUUUAACUGCUUUUAGUUCAACGUGUAAACCAGUAAACAGUGGUGAAUGGAUCAAAAAGUUACUGAAGCAUAAGAAUGGUGUUCGUUGCUUGGACAUUGACCUGGAUUUCAAUGGUGGAAAAUACUUUGCAUCCUUGAGAUUAUCCCGUGGGUACAAAGGCAUAUUAGAGGCUACUGUCUAUACACCGUAUACCCUGAAAAAUGAUACUGAUUUUUCUCUGUUCUUUGCUUCUAGUCAGAAGCCUUCAUUUAGAAAUGAAAUGGGGAGCAUUCCUCCUGAAUAUGGUUUAUUUUUGCCCCCAAAGUCAACAGGGUCAUGGUUUCUGAAAUCGCAUAAGAUGCAUCUCAGAUUAUUUGAAAAACAUGCAUCUGAGGCACAAUUCGACUUGGAUGCUCUAUCAGGCCCCACAGAGAUAAGCCUAGAGAUGGAGGAAAUAUCCGGAGUGAAAUAUAUUGCAAAAUUUGGGGUAUCUAUGGGGCCUUCCUCGAGUAGAAUUGUGCCUUCACAAAUAAUAACAAUGGCUCCAAGGCAUGUUGUGCUGAAUGAGUCAGAGGAAAGCAUCACUGUUCGUCAAUGUAAUUUGGAGGUUGACAUGGAUGGCAUGAUUUCCAUCAACAGUAGGCAGAGAACAUCACUUUUGCUCCAGAAUGAAAUUAGCAAAAGGACAGAAUACAGUUUAUUUGAGAAUUUCAUCAAAAAGCAUAGAAAUGAUUGUGAUAGUUCUUUAAUUUAUAUUCAGUUUCGGUUGAAUGAGUCUCAAUUGGACUGGUCAGGACCAUUAUGCAUCACUUCAUUAGGACGUUUUUUCCUAAAAUUUAGAAAACAAUCAAAUCAGUUGGCAAUAGAAGACGAAAAGAUUGCAGAAUUUGCAGAAGCUAAUGUAGCAGAAGAGGGUUCUACUAUUGUAGUGCGCUUCCAAAAACCACCAAAAGGCAAGCUGCCAUAUCGGAUUGAGAAUCGUCUGCAUGGUGUAUCCCUCACUUACUGUCAAAAGAAUUCAUCAGUGCUGGAGUUUCUUGGAUCUGAAUGCAGUGUUGAUUAUGCCUGGGAUGAUGUUACACUUCCUCAUAAACUUCUUGUUAUGAUAAAUGAUAUGAAUCUGCCACGUGAAAUCAACUUAGACAAAGUGCGGACAUGGAAGCCCUUUUAUAAACUUGCACAAGAAAGGUUAGCAUCUAAUAUGCUUUUGGAGAAAAAAUCCAAGGACAAGAGAAGUGGAUUUGGUAAACUUAAGGACAUGAAUGCUGUAAAGGUGGGUUAUGAAGUAUAUACUGAUGGUCCCACGCGGGUUUUACGGAUUUGUGAGUUUUCAAAUUGUCAUAAGCAAGACAAAGCUUUUCACUCAUGUGCAAAGAUCCGGAUGAGAGUUUCCCAGUUUGCAAUCCAAUUGCUUGAACAAGGGAAAGAGGAUUUAAAUUGGAGUGCAACACUCUUGUAUACACCAAUUGUAGUUGCAAGGCUUCAGAAUAUAAGUCUGGAUUCUGUGUUCACUGACCAGAAGAAAUAUAACCAGAUUGUUGUACAGUCAUUGAAUGUUGAUGUGAAGUGGAGUGGAGCUCCUUUUGUAUCAAUGCUUCGUAGACAUCAGUUAGGCUACAGUGAUGCAAAUGAUAGCAUACUCAAAAUUGUGUUUGUCCUACUUUCUGCGGGCUCUGAUGUUAAACAAGUUGAAUAUUCAUCUGUCAUUCUGCAGCCAAUUGAUUUGAAUCUUGAUGAGGAUACUUUGAUGAAAAUCGUCUCAUUUUGGAGGACAUCUCUUAGUGACUCAAAUGCUCCGAGUCAGCAGUUCUAUUUUGAUCAUUUUGAGAUCCACCCAAUAAAGAUUAUUGCUAGCUUUGUUCCUGGGGAGUCCUAUUCAAGUUAUAAUUCAGCCCAGGAAGCUCUGAGAUCGUUGCUGCAUAGUAUUGUGAAGGUUCCUCCUAUAAAAAAGAUGGUCGUGGAGCUAAAUGGGGUCUUGGUUACGCAUGCUCUGGUAACAAUUCGUGAAUUGUUAAUAAGAUGCGCACAACAUUAUUCAUGGUAUGCCAUGAGGUUCAUCUCCAUUGCUAAAGGUAGCCAAUUACUGCCUCCAGCUUUUGCAUCGGUUUUUGAUGACUUAGCUUCAUCUUCUCUAGAUAUCUUUUUUGAUCCUUCUCAAGGAUUGACGACUCUUCCAGGUUUCAAAUUGGGUACCUUCAAAUUCAUUAGUAAAUGUAUUAGUGGUAAAGGGUUCUCGGGAACAAAGCGCUACUUCGGUGAUCUGGGUAAAACUCUGAGAACAGCGGGGUCUAAUGUAAUCUUUGCUGCUGUUACUGAAAUAUCUGACUCUGUUCUUAAGGGGGCAGAAACAAGCGGUUUUGAUGGGAUGGUGGGUGGUUUUCACCAAGGAAUAUUAAAAUUGGCUAUGGAGCCAUCAGUCUUGGGUACGGCUUUGAUGGGGGGUGGGCCAGACAGAAAAAUCAAGCUUGAUCAGAGUCCUGGGGUUGAUGAGUUGUACAUUGAAGGAUACCUACAAGCUAUGUUGGACUCAAUGUAUAGGCAAGAAUAUCUUAGAGUCAGAGUAAUUGAUGAUCAGGUUUUCCUUAAAAACCUACCUCCUAACAGUUCCAUCAUAGAUGAAAUCAUGGAUCGUGUAAAGGGGUUUCUUAUAAGCAAAGCGUUGUUAAAAGGGGAUCCUUCAGCAGCUACUCGCCCCAUGCGCAAUGUUCAAGGAGACAAAGAAUGGAGUAUUGGACCAACCAUCAUAACAUUGUGUGAACACCUCUUUGUGAGUUUUGCGAUCCGUAAGUUAAGAAAGCAAGCGGAUAAAUAUAUCAAAAGCCUCAAAUGGAAGAAAGAGUCGGAGAGUGACGAUCUCAAAGCAAUUAUCCCUGCGAACACGGGGGAAAUGCAAAAGGUAAGGUUUAUUUGGAAAUGGGGCAUUGGCAAAUUUGUGCUUUCAGGUAUCCUUGCGUAUAUUGAUGGAAGGUUAUGUCGAAGUAUCCCUAACCCUGUUGUACGCCGAAUUGUGAGUGGCUUUCUGUUGAGCUUUCUCGACCAGAAUAAGGGCUGAAGAACCUUUUUGCAUAGUUAGGCUGAUAAUCCUUUAUUUCUUUUUGUGUAGCUCUAGUUCUUUUUAAUAUCAUUUAUUUAUUCGAGUCUCUAACCCGCACAUACACAUGCAUGCAUGAACAUUUACAUCAAUAAGAACACACAAAUUUUUGUAUAAUCACAAUUGUGCUUCUCUUCCUCCACUUGAUAAGGAAACUCUCUAUACAUAUUUGCAUGUCCUGGACUCUGAAGCGGUAGUAUAUAAUUUCUAGUUUGCAUUUCGGAGUAGCUGAAUCCAACCUUAAUGCUGUCUUUAAAUAGUGUUAUUCAUUGACAUUACGACCUUUUCAACUUUAAACGAUACAAGGUCUUGUCUUCCCUAUUUGCUGAGCUUUCUGCAGUCUACCCCUAUGUUAUAGAGAAAGGGCCUUU